AUGAUAAAAGGCCUUCAAGUUCGCUCACAACAAUUUAAGCUCAGGUCUUUAGUUCGUCAACACCUUACUCUAGCUAUGGAGCAACGUUACCACCUUUAUGGAGCACACACACGGCCUUUAAGGAGCGGAAGG